GUGUUGACUUGGCUGUGUGUUCUCUGUUCUAAAUUCAGUUAGAAUUCUUCGGCAAAAGCACGGACGCUUGAGCCGAUACUCGACGUAACGGCGUGAAUAUUUCGUAUCCAUUAUACCAGUUUAAAUCGGCAUUUUUUUACCCCGGUGCCCUUAAUUGUGUUGUUUACUGUUGAUUUUUAUUGUGUCGAAUUUGCCGGGGAAGUCGCGGGUGAAUUGUAUGUUUUGUUUGUGACUCCUCUUGUUUGGAUUACCGAGCAGGACAAAACCUUUUUACCUGCUGGUUCCCUACAGUAUGAAACCAGUUCGAGCAUUACCUAUCAACAGAGAACCAACAUGAGUCAAAGGGAUGAGGUGCAGAAGUUCGAACAGGGCCGCAUUAAAGUAUUACAGGAAGAACGUUUGCACAUUCAAAAGAAGACUUUUACAAAAUGGAUGAACUCAUUUUUACAAAAGGCUCGUAUGGAAGUAGAAGACUUAUUCGUCGACCUGGCCGAUGGAAAGAAACUGCUGAAACUCCUAGAAAUCAUAUCGGGGGAGAAACUGGCGAAACCAAACAAUGGAAAGAUGCGGGUCCACAAAAUCGAGAACGUCAACAAGAGUUUGGCGUUUUUGCACACAAAAGUCAGGCUGGAGAGUAUCGGGGCGGAGGACAUUGUCGACGGGAACCCCAGGCUGAUCUUAGGUUUAAUAUGGACGAUUAUUUUGAGAUUUCAAAUACAAGAAAUUGAGAUACAACUGGAUGAAGAAAACGAGAGUUCAGAAAAGAAAUCAGCCAAAGAUGCCCUACUUUUAUGGGCCCAACGUAAGACUCACGGAUACGCGGGUGUGGAAAUUCGUGAUUUCUCCAACUCGUGGAGAACUGGUCUUGGAUUUAAUGCACUCAUCCACGCCCACAGACCGGACUUAUUUGACUAUAACCGAUUACCAGGCAAUAAAAACAUUGAUAAUCUGAACCAUGCCUUUGACGUGGCAAAUAACGAAUUGGGCAUUCCACGCUUAUUAGAUGCCGAGGAUAUCGACACCUCUAGGCCCGAUGAGAAGAGUAUCAUGACGUACGUCGCCUCUUAUUAUCAUACUUUUGCCCGAAUGAAGAACGAAGAGAAGUCAGGAAGAAGGAUAGCAAAGAUUGUUAGCCAGAUGGUAGAUGCAGACAAGAUGAAAGUAAAUUAUGAACGAUUAACAACAGACCUUUUGGACUGGAUUAACCUAAAAAUUUCUGAACUGGAAGACAGAAAUUUUCCAAAUUCACUUGAAGGCAUCCAAAGUUUACUGCUGGCCUUUGGACAGUAUCGUACACAAGAAAAACCCCCUAAAUACAAAGAACGUAGCGAAAUUGAGGCGCUUUAUUUCAACAUCAAUACUCAACUUAAAGAGCUUAGGCAGCCCAUGUUUAACCCAGCUGAUGGGAAACUAGUCCAGGAUAUCGAAAGAUCAUGGGAGAUUUUGGAAAAAGCCGAACACAGCAGGGAAGUCGCUUUGAGGAACGAACUUUUAAGACAACAAAGGCUCGAGCAGCUCAAUUACAAAUUUGAAAAAAAGAGCAUAUUGAGAGAAGGGUAUCUGAAAGAAAUGAUCCAGGUGCUGAGUGAUCCACGUUAUGGAUCCAAUCUAGCCCAAGUUGAUGCCACAGUAAAAAAACACGAAGCCAUCAGCGCAGAUAUUUUGGCACGUGAGGAGCGUGUCCACGAUUUAACUCAAAUGUGUAACGAGCUGGUCAACGAGAAGUACCGAAACUCUGAAAAAGUAAAGGCUAGAGAACAAGAAAUAAUGCGUCAAUGGACAGGCCUAAUAGCCCUUUUAGAAAAACAUAAGUCAAAUCUAAGCCGCAUGGUGGCUGUAAUGUCAGUUUUAAGAGAAAUCGACACUGCUUUAGCUACAAUCGAACAGCUAAAAGCCGACCUAAAAUCCAAAGACGUGGGUAUUCACUUAUUAGCCGUCGAGGAUCUCCUUCAAAGACAUGCUCUGCAGGAGUUGCAAGUAUCAAGCCUAGGCGAAACAGAGAGGAAACUAAACCGAACCGGCGAGCAAAUCGCUGCGCAGAACCCAAAAGAAGCGGAUGUACUCAAAAAGAAACUGGCAGAUCUUUCAGUGGCGUACCACGAGCUUAAGCAAGUGAGCGAUCAAAGAAAAGCCAUCCUUGAAGACGCGAGGAACUUCUACCAAUUCAUCCAGGACCAAGAGGACGAAGAAGGUUGGCUCAUUGAAAAACAACGAAUUUGUCAGGCGGGCAUUACCGCUAAAGACUUGCGAGGCGUUUUGGCGUUGCAGCAAAAACACGCUGUUUUAGUUGACGAAUUGAAGCGAAGGAGAAACAAAUUUGAUCAGUUGGGUGCUACUGGACGCCAAAUGAUUCAAGAAAAACACCCCAGGUCUGCUGAAAUCCAACAACACAUGGACCGAAACAAAAAAGCAUGGGAACUGGUUGAAAAAUUAGCCCAAGAACGAACAAAGCAACUGCAAGACGCUGCAGAAGCUUACCAGUUCUACGCUGAUGCAAACGAGGCUGAAUCCUGGUUUUUAGAAAAAGAAUCAAUUUUGGCCUCGAAAGAUUUGGGUUCAGACGAGCCUAGUGCGGCCUCGCUCCUCCAAAGGCACAAGGAUCUCGAAGGAGAAUUAAACGCCUACCAAAUGGACAUUCAGAGUUUAAAUACUCAAGCGAACAGACUCAUUGAGGCGGGGAUCUCAAAUUUGGACUUAAAUGCCGAAGUGGAGGUCGCGGAGCCUCUUGAAGACAUCCAGUAUGAAGUCAGGAUGAUAGCGCAGGAGGUUCUAGUGGAUGAACCGGUAGAAAAAGUAGAAUACCGUAACAUCGUCGAGGAAAGAAAAGUCCCGCAGGUGCGUGCAUUAUAUCAGUUUAGCGAUCAUGGAUUAAUGAUGGUCAAGGGCGAGGUUAUGUUCUUAUUGAACAAAAGUAAUCCGGACUGGUGGUGCGUGCGAAAGGCUGACGGAACUGAUGGGUUUGCGCCAGCCAAUUACGUUGUGGAAAUAGAACCGAGGAUCAUCCAAGUGACGGUUCGUAAACCAGAAACAGUCCGAACGAUACAGAAAGUGAAAAAGACUCAAAUGGUGAAAACGAAAGUGCCAGUGAAAGUGCGCAGAGCACCUAAAAAAGCCAAAAGAAAGAUUGACGAUAAUAACAGCGUGCCGAAAAGGCAAAAACAGCUUAACGAUACUUUUGAGAGGCUUAAAGAAAUGGCUGCUAAAAGGAGAGCUUUGUUAGAGGAUGCAAUAAGGCUCUUCAGGUUUUACCGAGAAUGUGACGACUUUGAAAGGUGGAUCAAGGACAAGGAGAAGAUGCUUGCGGUGGACGACCCUGACGACAGCGUGCUGCAAGCCAAAAGAAAAUAUGAGAAAUUUGUAACAGACUUAUCCGGCAGCACAAAACGCAUGGACCAACUAGAGCGCGAGGUGCGUGAGUUCGAAAGACAAAACCACUCGCAAAUCGAGAAAGUUCGCGCACGUUUGCGUCAAAUCCAACUCGCUUGGCAAAAGCUGAACCGUUUGAAAACCAGCAAAGAAAAGAGCUUAGAGGGCGCCAGCAGUGUCGAAUUAUUCAAUAAAUUGUGUGAGGAGGCAAGAGAUUGGAUGCUAGAGAAAAUGAUGCAACUCGAAAGUGACGUUAUCGGACACGAUUUGAAAACAGUACAAGCUUUGCAGAGGAGACACGAUAAUCUGGAACGUGAAUUGGCACCACUUGAAGAGAAAGUUAAUAAAGUUAUGUUGUUGGCCAAUGAUGUACAGAGUCAAUAUCCUUCGGAGAAACAUAACGUGUCCAAAAGGAGAGAGAAGAUUGAAGAUCUAUGGGCAAAAGUGAAGGACAAGGCGGUAGAGAGGAGAGCAAGGUUGGAAGAUGCUGUAGGACAACAAAUUUUCACUAAUGGCGCUAAGGAGCUUUUGAAGUGGGUUGCCGGCGUAAAGGACGGCCUUAAUGCGGAUAAUUUAGUAAAAGACGUUCAGACUGCCCAGGCGUUAUUAAAAGACCAUCAAGACCUAAGGGAUGAAAUUAAAACUAAGGAUGAUGAAUUUAAACAGCUGAUCGAUCUCGGUCAAAAACUGUACAGAACCAAUCCAGAACUGCACGAAGUCAAAGACUUAAUCGAUCGCUUAGAAGCAGAACAGGCCGCCAUAUUUAGAGGAUGGAAAGAAAAAGAACAUUGGCUACAUCAGUGCCUUCGCUUGCAAGAGUUUAAUAAGGAAGCCGAUAACAUCGAUGCCGUCACUUCAGCCCAUAUGGCGUUUUUGGAAUUUUCAACCCCAGGAAAUUCUUUAGAUGAAGUAGAAGCAUUCCAAAAGCAACAUCGCGCCUUCGCCAACACUUUAUCCGCGCAAGAUGAACGUUUGGUGGCAUUUGUCAAGAGAGCUGACGCCCUUAUUGCUGAACAACAUUACGAUAGCGAAGCUAUUGCCAAACGACGUGACCAAGUACUAGAACGUCGCCAAGCGGUGAAACUUACUUCUCAACAGCGUGCCAACACCCUGGACGCAUCCAAAAACUAUCAAGAAUUCCGCGCCGAGGCACAAGACCUUAAAAAAUGGAUCGCAGAAAAACAGAAAACUGCCUCAGACGAAAGUUACCGCGACCUCAAUAACUUAGAGCGGAAGCUACAAAAACAUGAAGCUUUCGAACGGGAAUUACGAGCUAAUGAGGGUCAGUUAAGAAACGUAACUAAGCUUGGCUCAGCCCUAAUUGCCCAGGACAGUCACCACAAAGACGAUGUAGCGGCAACGUUGCAAGAAUUAAACGACUCGUGGAAAAACUUGGUUGGAGUUUCUAUGGAGAAGGGUAAAAGGUUACGACAAGCUGAAGCCCAGGAAGGAUAUAAUACGGCAGUUGAGGAUGUCAAGGUGAAAUUAGAUGAAAUCGAUGGCAAUCUAAGGAGUGCGAACGUUGGAGUUGAUCUGAGGUCUUGCAGGGAUCUUUUAAAGAAACAUGAAGCUCUGGAGAUGGAGCUUCAUCAAGUUGAAGUUCGUGUUAAUGAAUUGGUUGCCCAAAGUCAUGACAUGAGCGAUGACGGCCACUUCGACUCCGAAACAAUUCGCAAAAACGCUCUCGCAAGUCAAGCAAGACUAAAACAACUAGAAGCACCCGCCAAAUCCCGCCACGAGGCUCUACAAGAAGCCUUAAAAUUCUAUAAAUUCGGCUUUCAAAUUGACUCGGAAAUGCAAUGGAUCAAAGAGCAUAUGCCUCAAGCCACCUCUGAGGAGGUACCAAAUAGUUUACAUCAAGCUCAGAGUUUCCAUAAGAAGAAUAAGAAAUUGCAAGCUGAGAUUGUUGGACACCAACCGGUUAUCGAUAAGGUGUUGGAGUUGGGACAGAGUUUGAUUGACCAGAAACAUCCUGAGAAAUCCACUAUUAAAGAAUUAUGCGAUAAAUUGCGGAUGGCUUGGGCGGAAUUACAAGAAAGCACCACCAAACGAGGUACAAAACUUGACCUUUCAUUAAAAGCGCAGCAAUAUUUGUUUGAAGCCAGUGAAGUGGAAUCGUGGCUUAAUGAAAAAGCUAAUAUACUUGAUAGUAGUGACUAUGGUAGAGAUAGAGAUUCUGCCACUAAGUUACUUACAAAACAUAAAGCAUUAGAGCUCGAAUUAGAUACGUACAACAAUAUAAUAUCGGAAAUGGGACAUGGGGCGCAAGCGAUGAUUAAAUCGGGACAUCCGGAUGCAAAAUUGAUCGCCGAAAGGCAAUCUGGCUUAGAAAGGCUUGUGAGGUCUUUGCAAAGAAAAGCUGCAGUAAGGCAACAUCGCUUAAUGGAGUCGCUCUUUGGUCAUGAAUACUUUGUUGAGUCUGACGAGUUGGAGAGUUGGAUUGCGGAAAAUUUGCAGCAUGCUUCUUCCGAGGACUAUGGUCAAGAUUAUGAGCAUUUAUUGUUGCUUAAGAGCAAAUUCGACGAACUGAAGCACAGAAUAGAGGUGGGCCAGGAAAGGUAUAAGCAAUGUGAAGCUUUAGCUCAGAAGCUUUUAAAUAACGAAAGUCCCUACAGUUCCGACAUUCAAAAUAAACAAAACCAAUUAGAAGUGGACGGCGUUCCCUCAGAGGCCUGUCAGGAGGUACAAGAAAAACACGAGCAUGUCAGACAAUCUUGGGCAAACCUGCACGAGCAAGUAAAAACCCGCGAAGAACGUCUAAAUGCCGCCGGGGAAAUCCAUAGAUUCCAUCGCGACGUUGCCGAAUCGUUGCACCGCAUUCAAACUAAACAUGCGUCCCUUGGCACUGAUCUGGGUCGAGAUCUUAACUCGGCUCUUGCCUUAUUCAGGAAACACGAGGCUUUUGAGAACGAGUUGGUCGUUUUAGAGGCUCAACUGCAGGUUUUGGUCGAAGACGCCUCGAAGUUACAGAAAAUUUACCCGACGAAUAAGAAUAAGAUUCAACAGCAGCAAGCUUCGGUGGUGGAAGCAUGGAACAGCCUUAAAGAACGUGCCGAUUUAAGAAAAGACCAGCUGCAAGCCAGUGUUGACUUACAAAAAUUCUUGGCGCAAGUGCGAGAUCUCACAAACUGGGCGACAAACUUAAACUUAUCGAUGAUUGCAGAAGAACAUGUCAGAAGUGCCGCUAGAGCCCAAAUGCUAAAGAGCGAACACGAAGCUCUCAAAGGAGAAAUCGAAGCAAGAGAGCCCGACUUUCAAUUGGUCGCCAACGAUUUGGCUGCUAUGGAACAAACUGGCCACUAUGCCGCAGCUGAAGCUGUUGAAAAGUACCGAGUUUUAAUCCAAGAAAGGGAGAAGUUGCAUACGGCGUGGCAGUUGAAGAAGAUUCACUUAGAUCAACUGUGUGACUAUCACUUGUUCCUUAGGGAAGCGAAGUUGUUGGAGGAUGCGUCGAACAUGCAGGAGGCAGCGUUGAAUCAUAUAAACUUCGGUGAAAGUGUUGAUGAAGUCACCAAUCAAGUAAAGAAACACGAGGAGUUUGAAAAAAUUGUCGCGUUACAAGAUAAGAACCUCGAAGCUUUAAUGCAAUCCGGCAAUAAGCUUCUUAAUCAGAAACACUAUGAAAGCGCUAACAUCGAUUUGAAACUGCAAGAAAUUCAACAGAAACGUAAUAAGAUCCAUCACUUGUGCGCCCAGCGUAAAGAACAACUGCAAGAUGCUUUGCUUUAUGCGGAAUUUGUAAGGGAUGUCGGUGAGGGAAUGACAUGGAUUGCGGAAAAACAGAAAAAAAUGGAUAUUGAGGGCAAGAUGAAUGAAAACAUUAAGUUGGAAGAGAAAAUCAAGAUCUUGCAAAAGCAUCAGGCCUUCCAUGCAGAGGUGAUAGCAAACGUAGGAAGAAUCGAAGAAAUCCAAGGAAACGGACAAAAACUAAUAGCAAGAAGACACAAAGCGAGUCCCGAAAUCCAAAAACAAUUAAACGAGUUACAAAAGGUCUGGGGUGCAUUUAACCACGUGCUUAAUUUAAGAAACAAGGGACUCGAGGAAGCACAAGACAUAUUAGCUUUCACUAAUUUACUGGAAAAACUCGAAGCUUGGAUAAGAGACAGAGAAGUUAUGAUUCAAGCAAGCGAUACUGGCAGAGACUACGAGCAUUGUCAACUAUUACAGCGGAAACUUGAUGAUGUUGACAGUGAUAUGCGAGUUGAUGAUGCUAGGAUUAGAAAUAUUAGUUCUUUGGCAGAUAAACUGGCUAAACAAGGUCAAAUCGGAGUGGUUGAAAGAAGAGACGCCUUCAUCGCCAAAUGGAACUCCUUGCAAGGCGCUUUAGAAGCUUACAGGGCAAAACUCUCUGCCGCAUUAGAAAUUCACUUAUUCGACAGAGAUGUUAACGAUACUAUUGGAAGAAUCCAAGAGAAAACAAAAGCCAUGGAUAACAAAGAUGUCGGACACGACUUGGCAACGGUGGAGGCCCUGCAAAGAAAACAAGACGCCCUUGAAGUAGAAGUAACUGCGGUUCAGUCGAAGAUUCAGGACCAUCAUCAAAUGACCGCGUUGGAACUCAGUCAAAAGCACCCACAGUGCACCAAACAUCUCGAGGAGAAGCUGUUGGAGUUGGAGAAUUUGUUGAUAGUUCUAAAUGAGAUCAAGCAAAUGAGGAGGGAGCGGUUAAGCAAGGCGUACUUUAUCGAAAAGUUCAAGGCGGACGUGAGAGAUCUUGAGGUGUGGGUCAAUGAAACUGUAGCAAGAAUGGAAGGGUAUGGAAAGCCUACCAGCGUGUCUGAAUCAGAAGCUCAUUUGGAGUUACAUAACGAGCUAAAAGCAGAAAUUAACGGGCGUCACGAAACGUUCAAAACCCUCACGAAUCUGGCUGAAAAUUGUGAACUCAAACAUGAACCAGUCGUAGUCGAAAAUGCAGAAAAGCUUCGCCAACUGCAAGAAACCAUCGAGAAUUCAUGGGAACGGACGCAACAUCGCUUAGAAAUCGAAUGUGACACGCAAAUAUUCUAUGAACAAGCCAAUCAGAUGAAUAAUAUGCUUGCUGAUAAGGAAGCAUUCCUUAAUAAUGAUGAUGUAGGUGACACCCCAAGGAGCGUGGAAGCAUUGUUGAGGAAGCAUGCUGAUUUUGAGGUUAUGCUAGAAAUGCAAUUAGUUAAAAUCGCUGAACUGGAGAGUUCUGCUAAGGCAAUUUAUACCGCUGUUGACAGUCCUGAGGUUGAAAACAAAAUCAAGGGAAUUCUCGACCGAAAACAACGCUUAUUAGCCAAAACAGCUGAGAGAAAAGACACCUUGAACAAAUCUAAAGCCCUGCAGCAAUUUGUUCAUAACGUCAACGACGUGGAAAUUUGGCUUGCCCAAAAAUUAUCGAUAGCCAGCGAUGAAAGUUUCAAAGAACCCAGUAACUUACAAAACAAAAUUCAAAAACACGCAACUUUCGAGGCUGAAGUUAUCGCAAGCGGGGAACGUAUUCAAAACGUGGUCGAAGAGGGUAAAGAACUGAUUUCCGCCAAACAUUAUGCCAGUAAAGAAAUCGGUCAAAGAUUAGACGAAUUGGAAAACGACUGGAAGCACUUGCUUGAACUCUCGCUCCUAAAACGUGACAGAUUGAAUGAGGCGUAUCAAGCUUUGCUGUUUAAUCGCUCUUUGGAAGAGUUUGAAGUUUGGCUUAACGACGUGGAGAUACAAGUCAAUUCUCUAGAAACUGGAAAAGAUUUGGCAACAAUCAACAAUGCUCUUAAGAGACAUACAGCAUUGGAAAACGACGUGCAGCAACACUCUGAGAAUUGUGAGCAAAUUCAUGAUGCUUCUGAGCAGUUUGUUAAGAGUGGGCAUUUUAUGAGCGAGGAAAUUAAAGAAAAUGCUGACGCCGUCAUAACAAGGUUCCACCAGCUGAAAGAACCGUUACAAAUCCGAAGGGACUUGCUAGAAUCAUCAAGCAUGCUUCUUCAAUUCACCAGAGACGUGGAGGACGAACUGCAGUGGCUUUCCGAACGUGAGGUUAUAUGCAGCUCGACCGAUCUCGGUCAAAGUUUUGCUGAAGUGCAAAGUCUACACAAAAAACACCAAUCAAUGGAGGCCGAACUAGGAGCACGAGAGCCGAUUGUGUCCAGCUUGGUUUCUAGAGCGGAUAGUAUGGCCAGAUCCAACCAUCCUCUAGCACAUUUAAUUAAAGAGAAAGCCAAUGAAGUCAGGCUUAAAUUAACCCAAGUUAGGGAUUUGGCCAGUAUCAGGAAACUAAGGCUUCAAGACGCUUUGGAAGCGCAAUUGUUUUACCAAGAGGUCUCAGAAGCGCUGGCUUGGAUAAAGGAGAAACGACCUUUCUUGGCUACAAAAGAAGUCGGCAAAGACGAGGACAGUGCCCAAUCGCUCCAAAGAAAACUAGAGGCGUUAUCGUUAGAGAUAAAAUCAUUCCAAAGCAACGUUGACAAAAUCAAAAAUUCAGCCAACAAUCUAGUUGAACGAGAGCAUUUCGAUUCAGAAAACAUUAUUGAGAAAAAAGUCCAAGUUGAAACGGAAUUCAAUGACCUACGCAAACUGGUUUCGGAACGUGAGGUGCGGUUAGACGAAGCCUUGCUGUACUUCGGAUUUCUUCACGAGUGUAAUGACGUGCAAGAGUGGAUGCGAGACCAAACAUACAAAACCGACUCCGAGGAGUAUGGAAAUGACUUGGAACACGUCGAACUGCUAAUCCAAGCGUUCGACACUUUCCACGCUAGUUUGGUAAAUAGCGAACCAAGAGUGAUUCAAUGUAUGGAAAAUGGUAACGCUAUUAUCGAGUCGAAGAGUAGCUAUAGCAGUGAGGUGCAGAUAAAAGUUAGUGAAAUGAGGAACGCUUGGGAGGAUCUUAUUGAAUUGGCUAACGCAAGGAAGGAGGCUUUGAAUGGUGCCAAACAGGUGCAUCUGUUCGAUAGAACUGCCGAGGAAAUCAUUUCUUGGAUACAAGAGAAAGAGUCUGAUUUGAUUUAUGGUGCCUAUAUUUAUGAUUCUGAAACUAUCGAGCAACUAAUCAGGAAACACCAGGCCUUAGAAACGGAAAUAAAAGCCAUAAGGGACCGCGUCGAUCAUAUUGAGCAUGAAGGAGACCGAUUGAUCGGCGAGUUUCCCGACACCAAAGAUCACAUUGAUGACAAAAGGGAAGACACUUUCUCUGCAUGGGAAGAUUUGCAGCAAAAAGUUGAAAAGGAGAGAGAAUAUUUGCAACAAGGCGAACAACUUCGAUCAUACUUUGACGAAUAUCAGGAACUUCUGGCAUGGAUAAACGAGAUGCUAGCAAAAAUCACUGCUCCAGAUUUACCUCAAGACUGUGCUGAAGCCGAACUACUCAUAGAAAGACACAAAGACUAUAAAACGGAAAUCGACAGCCGCACAUCGGCAUUUACGCAGUUCUACAAUAGUGGCGAGGAGUUUAUUAAAAAGAAACAUCCGUUGUCGCAUGAUAUUGAAGACAAGAUCACUGUGCUCCAGCAGAGAAUUGAGUUGCUCGUAAACAUUUGGAACCAAAGAAAAAUCAUCUACGAUACCAAUUUAGAUGUGCAGCUGUUUAAGAGGGAGGCCAACACCUUGGAGAAUUGGUUGUCGUUGAGGGAAAACGUAUUGAGAGACAGAAAAGUUGGAGAUAGCAUUACGCAGGUAGAAGAGCUUAUUAAAAAACAUCGUGACUUCGAAGAAACAGUUAAGGCCCAAGAAGAAAAGUUUGAAGCCCUUAAGCGAAUGACGUUGUUAGAGGAGGCAUUUGCCCAGCAACUUAAACAGGAAGAAUUAGCCAGGAAGGCUGAAAAGGAACGAUUGGAACAAGAAAAGUUAGAGAAGCGCAAGCGCCAAGAAAUGGAUAGAAUCACGCAGCUACGUAGGCAAGAAUCCGGUGAGAGAGAACCGCGAUACUCCGAAAUACCUGAAGAACAACACAUGGAAGGUAAAACAACACACUUGGGCCCUCCACCAGCCAACGGAUCGCCCCACUUCGGCCCUCCAAGCCCUCCAGUGAUCGGGGCGAGUCAUCUUGGCCCACCUUCACCACCUGUAAGGGUAGGAUCGCCUCCACCAUUGUCCGGAAAAGGCUCCGUUAAUCUGAGAAAGACCAAUUCGGUGGCGCAGAUGUUCGACCGCGACCGGAUCAGAAGGGGAUCAGAUAACGCGGUUAAGCGUGCCGAGAGUAUGAAAGUUGGACCGGGAUCGAAACCAGUUAAGCGGACGCCCUCGUUUACUACCAAGAGGAAGGGAUCUUUUAAAAAUAAAAACGCGGACGUAGUGCUUCCACCAGUAGAAGCCGAGGCGUUCCUGGAACGCAAACAAAUCCUUCUUCCUGGCUCGAAACGUGCCUCAAACAGGGCAUGGAAAAACUCCUACACGGUGCUAUGCGGACAACUUCUCUGUUUCUUCAAAAACAAGGAAGAUUUCGCCGCAAGCAAAGCGAGCAGCGCUCCACUUAACAUUCAUAACGCAUCAUGCUCCGUAGCUGAGGACUAUCACAAGAGGAAGUACACGUUUAGGCUCAUCAUCGUUGACGGAUCAGAAUUCUUGUUCUCGUGCAAUACGGAGGUGGACAUGAUUGAUUGGGUGAAUAAAAUCAAGUUUAGGGCGAGGCUACCGCCUAGUCAACAGCUACAACAUUUUGAGAUACAUAAGGAUCCAAGUGACGAAAUCAGUUCGCAAUCGAGUCGCACUUCCAGUCCAGAUGUGGCCGAUUCCGUGGUUCUUAGACAUGAGACCCACUCAAACAACGGCAGCAUCGGGUCUUCCCAGUCGAGCAGACACACUUUAGAGAGUCCUCCUCCGUUACCGAGAACAGAACCACCAAUAAAUUAUACCCCAAAGCGGUAUAUGUACGAACAUCACAGUGGAAAUUCAUAUGAUGGCAGCAGUCCUAGAGGCGAAUCGCAAAGUUCACCACCGAGACCCCAAUCGACCAGCGGCCAGGACCAUAAAAUGUCACACCGAAUUCGCGAACUCUUUGGUAGAAAAAAGAGGAACUCGCAAAUGUAGUUAUUUAUAUAUUAUUAGCAUAUAAACCAUUUAUUUUGUAGUGUUGUAUGAUGGCGGCUACAAAUAAGUAUUAAGAAAUCCAUUCUGUAAUUGUUGCAUUUCUAUUAAUUGUUUUUAUUACUGUAAGUGUAGUUUUGUAUAUAAAAAAAUUUAAUGUCGUGUUAUUAAAGAUACCAAAACCAUUUUUUUUAUAGAAUAUUCUAUAUAUUUUUACUAUUUUUGAAUUGAAUAAAUAAGACAGUUUACCAAUGUAUAA